CUCAACCAACAAAGAACCAUCCUUCUUCUCAGCUUUAAAGCUCUAAAGUUAUGGCGAAGGAAGUGGAGGUGUCACAGCCGGGCGAGUUCACAGCUCGGGACUACCACGACCCGCCUCCGGAACCGUUAUUCAACGUUGAUGAACUCACCAAGUGGUCUUUCUAUAGAGCCCUCAUAGCUGAAUUCGUGGCUUCCGUUCUUUUCCUUUAUAUCGGAACCUUGACGAUUAUCGGGUACAAGGACAUGUCCGACCCGACUAAGACCUCUGAUCCUUGUAAUGGUGUUGGUUUCCUUGGUAUCGCUUGGGCUUUCGGUGGCAUGAUCUUCGUCCUCGUUUACUGCACCGCCGGUAUAUCUGGUGGGCACAUAAACCCGGCAGUGACGUUCGGGUUGUUCCUAGCAAGGAAGGUGUCUCUGAUCCGAGCAGUGAUGUACAUGGUAGCACAGUGUCUUGGUUGCAUCUGUGGAGUAGGGUUGGCUAAGGGAUUCCAGCAGUCUUACUUCACCGGCUACGGUGCCGGAGCCAACGUAGUUGCACCGGGCUACACCAAAGGAGCGGCUUUGGGCGCCGAGAUCAUUGGUACCUUCGUCCUUGUCUACACCGUCUUCUCCGCCACUGACCCCAAGAGAAGCGCCAGAGACUCUCAUGUUCCCGUGUUGGCACCACUCCCUAUUGGGUUCGCGGUAUUUAUGGUUCACUUGGCUACCAUCCCAAUCGAUGGCACAGGCAUUAAUCCGGCUAGGAGUUUUGGAGCUGCAGUAAUCUACAACCAUGAUAAGGUCUGGGAUGACCAUUGGAUCUUCUGGGUGGGACCUUUCAUUGGGGCAGCCCUCGCUUCCUUCUACCACCAAUACAUUCUUAGAGCUGGUGCCAUUAAAGCUCUGGGUUCCUUCAGAAGCAAUCCCCACUACUAAAUUUCCCACUUCUUCUUCUUCAGGGACACUCUGAUCUUGGUGGUUUUGAUUGAUGGUGUUUUCAAGAGAGAAUUGUAAUAAAUUAAUGGAAGGUGUCUACAAGUUUGCCUGUGAAGAGGUCCUUGAAGACCCAUGGAAAUUGAAUCAUCCAAUGGGAGUGCAUUUACUGGGGAGGAAGAAAAUAUGAGGUUCAUGGGUGGGAUAUAAAAGGGCGUGGCAGUGUGUGUUUCUUUUCCUUUAUACCUAAUUAUCUUUGGUUCAUGCAAAAACAAAAAAAAAAUCUUUGGUUGGAUUUUCCUUCGGCUAUGUUUGAUUGUAAGGGAAAUUGAAGGGAAGAAAAGUGAAAAUUUCAUACUUAAAAAAGAAAUAUAUGUAAUCAUUACC